CUGUGAUCAUAGAGGAGAGACGUGUUGCCCCUUGUCCUGCCACCCCCGCCGGCUUUACCGCUUUCUCAUCCUUUUAAUACACCUAAAUAACGUGUGGUAACUGAGGAUUGUUGCGUCUGGCUGUCUACUGCAACAUUGAUCAACACAGCAACAUUGACCAGUCUGAGGAGUGGAGACAACCACACUAGUAAAUGGCCUCACCCAUAAGUGUUAUAUGGAAAUGCAGCAGUUGGAGACGUCGUUAAAAGUGGGCAGGGCCCACUUGUAAGUUCAAUCAUGGCUGAUAUAUAUUAUGUUGGAGUAGAUGUUGGCACAAACAGUGUCCGCGCAGCUCUGGUCCGGCACUCUGGAACUGUUGUUGUCACUCACACCGUACCCAUAACUGUCUACAACCCCAAACCAGACUUUUAUGAACAAGAUUCAGAAGAAAUAUGGAAGGCUGUGUCCCAGGCAGUAAAAGCUGUAACUUGUGGUAUUGAAGACAAGUCCCAGAUUCAUGGUCUUGGGUUUGAUGCUACUUGUUCUCUGGUAGUGUUGGAUAAGGACCUCAGGCCUGUUACUAUCUGUCCUGUUACUGGAGAUGACAGGUUCAAUAUUGUCAUGUGGAUGGAUCACAGAGCAAAGGAACAAGCCGACUUCAUUAAUUCUCAGGAACAUUAUGUGCUGAAAUAUGUGGGAGGUAAAGUGUCGCUGGAAAUGCAGACUCCCAAACUUCUUUGGCUCAAGAAGAAUAUGAAAAACACUUGGGCCAGGGCUGGCCAUUUUAUAGAUUUACCAGAUUUCCUGACCUUGAAAGCCACAGGACAGUUUUCAAGGUCACUCUGCUCAUUAGUGUGCAAAUGGACCUACACGAGUGAUGGGCGGACUCAGGGAUGGGACAGCGGGUUUUUCAAAACCAUUGGGCUGGAAGAUUUAGCUGAUGAUGACUCUCAUAAAAUUGGGAAGACAGUGAUGGCACCUGGGACUAACUGUGGCAAAAUCUCUGCAACAGCAGCAUUGGAAUUGGGACUAUCUGACAGCACCUUUGUUGCAACGUCUAUUAUUGAUGCUCACGCAGGAGGCCUGGCUCUGGUGGCUGCUGGGGCAAAAACCAAGCAAGAUCUCAUUGGUAGACUAG